CGUUACUAACGGUUUACCACUUUGAAAAGAUAAUACAAGGUGUAUACUAUAAUACAAAGUCGUUCUUGAUUUGCGAUCAUCAGUAAAGAAAAAUACCCAUAGAGAAUCCAGUAGAAAAGAGGAAUAUGCCAGCAUUUAACUUGAAAAUCCACUUAGGAAGCCGCUGUCAUCGAAAUGAAGUGAUCAAAAUAUAUGGUGAAAUGAUCCUACCGGAAUAAAUGAAUGACCAAUGUCUUUUGUGCUAAUAAAAAGAAAGGCUACUCGCAGGAGGACAAUUAGGACGCUUCGCGCUCAUAAAUAUCGAACGGGUAAUCGGCUUAUCGUCCAAUUAGCAGCCAUUUGGGGAACGUUUGAAAAUAGUGAGCAUGUUGCGCGAAGCAGGGACGCGUCUGGACCGUCGCCGUUCUGGAACCCGUGGCCAACGGGUCCCAAGGGAGAAACGCCGGUGACGGCACCGCGUGGCACAAACUUGAUAUCUCGUCGAGUCCCGACGCGACGUCGUUUCGAUCUACUCUCGAUCGCCAACCAGUUUAAAAAGGUCCUUCGUGCGCGUAACAUCCCCAACUUCAAAAGUUCAAGUUUAGCCAAGAUCAAAAGAGGGUCCGGCCAUUGUUGGACCAUACGUGGCUAAGGCCGAUGAUUCUUAAGGAUCAUUCCGGACGCGUCCUUUCAUCCGAAUCAUUGAUACAAGACAAUAGAAUGCACCGGGUCGAGGCGGCACUGAGGUGAAGUAAAGGGAUCUGUGUUUUGUAACCGGGAUGUUCGAGCCGGUCGGUACUUUUGAAAAUUCUUAUCGUACGAAUUUCGAUUCUUCCAUGUUUGACAUUGCAGACGAACUAUUUUUCUCGGCCCUGGGCCUGGAUAUGAAUGGACCAGAUACUGAAAAUCAUCUGCUAUCCCCAAGCACCUCAUUUUUACCUUGCGACCAUGAAACGCCCUGUACCACGCCGCUAAGCGAAAAUUCGGAAUACAUCGAUUACCCCACGAAUCCUAUUGGAUUUUCUGUCGACUGUUACACGAAUUUGACAAGCUCACCUGAAACACCCUGGAGCGACUGGACCACCAAUGCCUCCACGUCUUCGAGCUGUCUAAGCGAGCUCAGUGAAUUAGACUCGGAAUUGGAAUGGUGCCUGGAUAAGAGUUCGAAUGCUGGCCUACCGGAAAGGACUCCGCUCUGCACUCCAGGAUGCGAAGGAUUUCUGCAUUUGCCAUUACCAAAACCGAAGACACAAUUGCAACACGACGAGCCUCUCUUGGUACUGGGGAUCGACCUUAGGGCCUUGGAAGAUUCCCUGGGUAUGGACCACAACAAUAAUCAACUAGAGGAGAGUCUGUUACUCUCUUCCGCAGCUAACGCAGCUCUCGCAACUCACGACUAUACUAAUAGAAGUUUGGCUCAUGCGGCCGAGGACCGUUGCUUUCCUUGCACCUAUCAAGGAUGUAUCAAGGUAUACGCAAAGGCUUCUCAUUUAAAGGCGCAUCUUCGUCGCCACACCGGUGAGAAACCAUUCGCCUGCACUUGGUCAGGAUGCGGAUGGCGCUUCAGCAGAUCCGACGAAUUGGCACGACACCGAAGAUCACAUUCUGGAGUAAAACCUUAUCCUUGCGAGAUGUGCUCCAAAAGAUUCGCACGAAGCGAUCAUUUGGCGAAGCAUCGUAAAGUGCAUCGUAAAAAUGCAUAUCCUUUGUUUCAAGGAUCGAGAGAAUUUCGUCCAGGGAAGGUGAAUGCUUUGCCGACAGAACUCUAGCGGAUGUUUCUCUUAAGUUUUGUCUACCCUUCGAUAUUUUGAAUUUUACCUCCUUUUUUUUAUGGCCGCGAUUAUUGUCCUACUGAGGCUCCGUAAAUACUCUAUUAGUUAGUAUCGUAUGUAAGUAGAAUCAACGUUAAAUCCUUAGUUCGUAAGUCUACGUGAAUGAAAAAAAAAAGGUAAAGAAAAAAAGGCAACGCCGUAUCAUCAAUGAAG